UGAUAACUUUAUCUUCAAUAGGAUAAGUCAGCUGAACUUUACAUUGAAUGUUUCUCUUCUAAAAACGUAGAUGAUAUGGACAGAAUAUUUAUACUUUGUAUAUUAAUAUCUAUAUUAGCUAGUAUAAAUGCUAAAGUGAAAUAUAAAGAGGAUUCCUUUGAAUAUAAAUGUGUGAAAUGUUUAUGUCAUGCCAGAAGUGGAUGUUGGAGCAGAUUAAACUGUGCCCAGUAUUCUAUACAUAAGGUAUACUGGAUUCAAGCCAAUUCACCUGUGGUUGAUGGUGAUUCAUCUGACGAUUCAUUAGCUUACAAGCACUGUAUGCAAGAUGAGAACUGUGUAAUUGAAACUAUUAUAAAUUAUACUUCACAAUACGGAGACUUUGAUGCUAAUUGUGAUGGACAAUUUGACUGUAAGGACAGAUUCUCAAUACACCUCUUUGGAAACGACAAAGGACCAAUAUUCGGUGAAGAUUAUGCUAGACGAUUUAAUGAUUGCAAUGAAGAUCUGAAUCUGACAAGUCUAUUACCAGAGUACUCAUGUGAAUAAUUAACAUCAAAAAAUAUUUGUGAUUUAUAUGUGGAAAUUAAUAUUUUUAAAAUAGUAACUGAUAAAAGUUGGCAAUCAUCGAUUAUAAUGAUAUAUAUAUAUA